GCGCUGCCUACCGCUGAGAGCUGCUGGAGUCUGAAGAAGUCAGAUGAGUGUUGGACGGUGCAGGUGGAGCAGAGAGCGUCGAGCAGGAUACAAACAGAACAGUUUCUGAUGUAGAUCCUCAUUGUCUCAACUCAUGAGGUGGGCCCCAUUAAGAUGAUCUCCUCCAGCAUCCCUCACCAGUAGCUGUGCAGCAUGGCUUCUGCUCCUCCAUCCAGAGAGGACACCAGCAGAUCAUUAGCCCUGCGCUGGAGGCUAACGCCGACAUAGAUACUCGCCGACUUCAAACUGAGCCGAGCCGCACUCUGCAGGCCUGGUUACACAUCCUGUGAACUGCCUUCUAGAGGAUGACUUGUGCCAGAGCGGCAUAUGUCUAGGACGGCAACAUCAGCACAGUGUAGCAACAUCUGGACUGAGAGCGUGGACCAUGUUUUUUGUCUGAUCCGGUGCUUUGGUGGCAGAGCUGGACGGUGCAGCUCUUCCACACUUGGAUACACCUGGACUCUGAGCCAUGUCUCUUCUCUCAGCUCUGAGCAUCGUCUGUGGAUUGAUGCUCCAUGUUUCAGUUAAUGCACUCGACACUCAAUACUGUGUCCCACGAAAGACUAUCCCCUACCAGAACGAGCUGAAGUUGUUCAGAGAAGAGGGGAUCUUCAACUACUCCACUAUGCUAAUGAGAGACGACCUGGGUGUGCUGCUGCUGGGGGCCAGAGAGGCUGUGUAUGCUCUGGACAUCAACAACAUUUCUGUCCGAAAGGCUGCGGUGUACUGGCGAGUUACAGAGGAGAAACAGAGGGAGUGCACAUACAAAGGAAAACAUGCUGAGGUGGAUUGCCGUAACUACAUUCGAACCCUGCACAGAGUCAAUGACACUACGAUGUAUGUGUGUGGCACGAAUGCUUUUAGCCCCACCUGUGAUUACAUGACGUUUGUUAAAGGACAGCUGAGGCUGGAGGGAAAGCAGGAGGAGGGAAAAGGGAAGUGUCCUUUUGAUCCCUUCCAGAGAUACUCCUCCCUCAUGGUCGGAAAUGACCUGUAUUCUGCGACAUCCAUCAACUUCUUGGGCUCUGAGCCGGUGGUUCUGCGCAGCUCGGACUUGGCUCUCCGCACUGAGUUUAAGAGCUCAUGGCUCAGUGAGCCAAACUUUGUCUACAUGGACUUUGUGGGGGAGAGCUUUAAUAGUCUUGAUGGUGAUGAUGACAAGGUGUACAUGUUCUUCAGUGAGAACGCCAUGGAGUACGACUUCUCCAGCAAAGUCACUGUGUCUCGAGUGGCCCGUGUCUGCAAGGGGGAUAUGGGCGGCCAGCGGACACUGCAGAGGAAAUGGACGUCGUUCCUGAAAGCCCGUCUGGAUUGUUCCCUCCCUGAACCCAGCCUGCCCCCCAUUGUCCAGGAUGUCUUCCUGCUGAAGAACGAGAACUGGAAGGAGAGCGUCUUCUACGCUGUCUUCACUCCGCAGUCGGGCUUGUCCGAGGUAUCUGCGGUAUGUGCAUAUAGUGUGUCUUCCAUUCGAGAUAUUUUCAACGAGGGCAAGUUUAAGACACCUGUCGCUGUGGAGACAUCUCACGUGAAGUGGGUGAUGUACACUGGAGAGGUGCCAGUCCCCAGACCGGGAGCAUGCAUCAAUAGUGUGGCACGUAAAAUGGGCAUGAAUCGCUCUCUGGACCUUCCUGACAAAACCCUCCAGUUCAUCAGGGACCGCCCCCUCAUGGACGAGGCUGUCCAACCGCAGACGGGGGGGCCGCUGCUGGUGAAGAGGGGAGCUUUGCUGACUCGGAUCGUAGUGGACAGUGUGUUGGCGCUGGACCGACAGAGAUAUGCAGUCAUGUUCAUUGGCACUGAAAACGGUUACAUCCAGAAGGCUGUCAACUACGCAGGAGAGAUGUUCAUCAUUGAGGAAAUUCAACUGUACAAAACCUCGGUGCCUAUCAGCACCCUGCGCCUCUCAUCCAGCAAGGGCCAACUGUAUGCAGGUUCAGAGUUUGGUGCCAUCCAGAUGCCGGUCAGUAACUGCAGCCGCUAUGAGACUUGUGUGGACUGCAUCCUGGCCCGGGACCCUUACUGUGCCUGGGACUUGCCAGAAGAGCAUUGCUGCUCAGUCGACAGUGUGUCCUACAUUGAAACUGCAAUACAGAGUCUGAAGGAGGGAGACCUCUCUCAAUGUUCUCCUCCAGAUCCAGUGGCAGCCGUGGACUUUACCCUGGUUCCAGGAAACAACAUCCAGCUGCCGUGCCAGCUCCACUCCAACUUGGCGCAGGUCGUGUGGCGAUUCGCUCACCAUACACUUCACUCCGACAACAAAUACUACAUCUACAGCCGGGGCCUCCUCGUCCUGCAGGCCUCUGAAUCGGACGCGGGCCUGUACACAUGUGACUCAGUAGAGCUGAUCAAUGGGAGACCAUACAACCGGACUGUGGCGGUUUAUCAGUUGCAGCUCCACUCUGAUGCAGGAGUGGGGGAGAGCUCUACUCCUAGCAAUGAGGUGACAGAUUCCUCAUCCUCUAUUUACAAUGUGAUUACGGCUGCACCGGAGCCAAACUCGGGCAUGGAGGACCCGUUGACCCCGCAGAACCAAAGCGAGACCAGCAAGGUGACUGGUUUAGAGGUGGCCGUGGCUCUGCUGUCACUGCUCUGUCUCUGCCUGAUGGGGGUCAUAUUUUGCAUCUGGAAUCAGGGACGUUUUGGAUGCUUCAAUUUUGCGAAGCGCCCAAGUGAAAGCGAGGUGAAAAGGCAGUCAGCCGAAUACAUGCACAUCCCCAGCAGAACUUCAGAGAUUAAGCUCCUGGGGCCUGAGUCUGGGAGACCUUGCAGUGCCAAUAAUAAUCACUCUGUUGUUGACUUCAAAGGCAACGGGGAGCACCACUUCACGCCUAUGGCCAACAUUUCAAGUCUGGAUGGUCUGGGAUACAUAAAUGAUGAGUCAGAGAUUUGA